AAACUGAGACCAUGUGAUCAGCAGAUCAAACAUUACCUCGAAGCUCGUUAUACGAAAAGUAUGGCUACGCUGGUGAAAUCCGCGGUGAAUUUGGCUUCAAUAUAGGUUGAAUUACGGGAAAGAUGGGAUAAACAGGAUACCGAAAUGCCUCGGUAGAGGUGCAACCGCCAAUGGAAAGGAGUGAAAAGUUUUUGGCCAUAAGCCAAACGCUCUCAGGGCUUGAGAAUUUUCUUCGAGAUGUCUUAGCCAAUGAAGGAUUAAGCAAAGAGGCUGAUGAGCAACGAAGAGAGUUUCUGAAGAAGCUAGAAGUCGUCUCUUCACCGCCAACUCUUCCGCCAAGACCAGCCAAGUUAGCAGUGGAAAAGAGAUCUCCCUUUGGGAACGUGUCAAGCAAGGAAGCUAUCGGAAGCGGCGACGAAAGCCAAACAUCAGUGUAUUCUCACUACAGAAACGACAAUAUCGAAGAUCCAGUAGCAUUUGCUCAACAGCAAAGGGAAUUAUCGAGGAAUUUCACGUUUUAUUCCGGAGGAUACGCAGGGAGAAGAGAGGUUUUUGACUUACCGCCGAUAGCUGGGGCUUCCGUAAAGAAGCCAAAAGGUUCUGCCCGCAGCAGUGGGAGUGAUGAGACGAUCUACGAGCGUCUUAGUAUAAGCAGUGAUAAAUUUAAUGCUGAUGAUACGUCAUUCAGCCCUGAGAUAAGAACCUCCCAGGACAACAGCACAAAUACUCCUAUUGGGCCCAGAGGGACUGGCAAUCGAAGCUCUGUGAGCAGAGGCAAGCUUGCCGCUCCAUGGUUCAAGAAAGAGAUCAAGGUUCAAGAGGAGGUGUAUGUUCAAGACUUGGAGAAUAAUGUCAUUCAGGGAUACCUGAAGGACGUCAAGGUGAACAAGAGGCGGUGGUGUGUGAUCAAAGAUGACAAGCUGUACAUCUUUAAGACUCGUGAUGACCCUGCUAUGCAUAUCAUUGAUCUACCUCAAUGCAACAUCGGUGUGGAUGAUAAAAAGAAGAUCAGUUAUUCGUUUCGGUUGAGCCAGCAAAGCACUGGUAACCCACUGGUUCACUUAGCCAUAGAACAAGGACAUGACCUAUCACCCUGGAUGAGUGCAGUCAUGGCGGCAGCUGUGCGGCGCAGUAGCAGUUACAGGCCCCUCAGCCCUUUGUGGAAUAUGUCUGCUUCAAUGAAUGCUCACAGCUCCUCAUCGCUGGGUUUCAUGUCUUUCGACAUAAAGUCAGAGAAGGAUGGUGACACGAUCAGCAAUACCUAUGAAGUACCAAUUGAACUGCUACCUGAGAUGCUGAGUUCUUCUGGUUAUCUCCCCAAACAAAGCACACCCAUGCGAAGCCCCAGUGAUGAUGGCUACGAUGCUCCCCUCCCACCCCUCCCUACAGAGCUCUCAAGCCACAAUGACUCAUCAUCAUCAGAAAGCAGUUCAGAUGAGGAUGAUGCGAGUGAGCAGCAUGCAUCAAGGAGAGAUAUGGAUACCACUGACUCCAAUGCAGUAGAGGGCACACAAAGCUUCAUCAUCAGACCUGACGGUGAUAAGAUUCUUUAUCCAUAUCAUGGUGAUGAUGAAAGAAGAUCUCUCAGGCUUGACAGCGAUCAGAGUGGCACCCAGCUUAGCUACACAAGUGACGAUGGUGGGAGUGGCGGGAUGAGGGAGGACCGGUCGGGCAGCAUGUCAAGAAAGAGGAGCUCCACAGUCCUCAGCACGGUCAGCCAGGACUCAGUAGGGUCUGAUGUGGAUAUGAUGCCUAAACCAAUACAGCCGCCAAGGAAGACAAGCCUGCUUUCUGGACCACGCAUGAAACGCAGGAGAAAGCAAGCAUCUGCAGAGAGUGAGGUACGCUUUCUACAAGAUCCUGAUGCAACGCACAGUGGGAUACUUUUUCAAAAGCGGCCUCUGGGUGUGACCUCCAAGCGCUACUGCAAACUGAUUGGCAACCAUCUCAUUUGUUACAGGCAUCCAGAGGACGAGAAGGCCAGUUUAUCCCUCAGCCUCCUUGGCCAUGAUGUCACACUGAUUGAUAGCAAAGAAUCCAAGCGAGCGUAUGGUUUUAAAAUCAGUAAACCAAAUAGCGAGUCUUACUUCUUUUCCACUGACUCUCGGGUUUCAGUGGAGCGUUGGAUCGAGUUGCUGUCCCUAGCAGCGACAGGAAGACAGGAUAUCAUAGCUCCCUACCCGCCAUACUUCAGAUCUGGGGCAUCAGGGGAUGAGAGCAAGUCUGUCAAGUCUUCUGAGUCCCUUAGCCUCAGUGAGAGCUAUCAGUCUGCUGAUAGUGGUGAGGUUGCAGAUGAGCUCAACACAUCGCUCACCUGCUCUACCAGCUCUAGCCACAUGUCUGCACACAAGAUGGACGAUGACUACUUGAGCGGCUUUGCUGCGGAUGAGCAAGAGGAAAGUGAUGCACGAGAACUUGAUUACGAGGGCGAGAGGAAGAAAAGGGAACUGCGGGCACGCUCACCUAGGAUGCGACAGCAACGUGAACGAGACAGAAAACUGAAAAGGCGAAAAGAUAAGAAGAAGUCAUCUGGAGGAUCCGGCCCAGAAUCACCAUCUACCAUGAGUCCUCCGCACAGUGUGUUCGUUAGCGACCCUGCAUCAGAGAAUAAGUCUACAGCUGAGAGUACGGCCACUCCCAUUGACACCAAGGAUUCAUACCCGAAAAACCAAAAGGAGAAGAAGACGUGGUCGGAUGCCUUGAAACUGAAGCAGUCGAAACUAACACGCGCUCACACCCUUGCCGGCAUGGUCCUAGGAACCCCAGGCCACGAGUCUGCCAAGAGCAAAGCCGGUCCGCAGAGUAAGCGGAGCAUACCUUCCUAUUCGCAUCUUCUGCCUCUGUUCGACAAGGAAGGACGAUUCAGUGGCUUUCUUACGGAAGUUAAAGCGUCCAAAUAUAGCGUUACUCAGCUACGGCGGUGGGGAGUGGUAAGAAAUGGGGUGCUUCGGCUCUAUAAUAAAGAAGGUGAUGAGACUCCAGUGACGAUGUUCAAUCUCGUGGAAAUGUGGUUAACGGAUGAGAGCGACGAUGCCAAGCACAAGUAUAGCUUUUCCCUGCAUACGAUCAAUGAUAAAGUCGCUAAGUUCCAAGUGCCCAGCAAAGAGGAUUUCGACAAGUGGAUGAGUGUGCUUAAGGUGUUUACAGAGAUCAGAGUCGAACGGCCGAUUGACACAUCAGUCGAUGAAUCACUUUCUCAUCCAAACGUUAUGACUCGACCAAAAAGUAAUCAUUCGAAAGACGAUCCAGCUUCUGUGAAUACCUUCGCCAAACGAUCAUCCAUUCGCAUGAAAUUCCCUCCACGCAUGAACGUCAUCGACAUGUUCAAAAAGGGUAAUAAUUCUUAUAAUUUCGAGAACCCAAACACGGAGGAUAUUAUCCCUGCGAACGAGCUUGUCUGCAUCAAUUACUCGGGCGGUCAACUGACAGAGAUAUGCAUAGGCGACGAGGAAAAUUACUCGUGCAAGCGAUCGCGCUGGUGCGCCAUUAAAGACUCGGAACUGUUGGUUUUCGCUGAUAGCUCCAGCGGGGAUCCCGUCAAACGGAUGGUCCUAUACAACGUGAAUGUCGAAGACCUCAGCGAGCCCGAGGCGGGGAUCUUCCAAUUUAAGGUACAGCGUGGUAACGAGGUAGCGAUGUUUUUAGCUCACGAUGAGACAAGUCUAGACAAAUGGCUAAAGAUGUUGCGAUCUGCGACAGAGAUGUAUGGGAGAGAGGUCACCGAACCCGAGGCCAAGUGUAGGAUCCCUUCGCCGAAGAAUGUAUUCGCCCACCGGCGCUCUCAGAGCGAGACCCUCUCGCAGACUGUUAGUCUCAGUUCUGCCACGUCUUUCACGUCGACGUCGGCACCUGAGAAGCGCAAGUCGUUUAUCAGUACUUCAGCAUCCACCGACUCGGAGAGUUUUACGGAUAUUCUAAUGAACGGGCAUCUCCACGAAGUAUUACAAGCCGAGAAGGGGAGCUCAGGGGAAAAAGUCGAUGAGCACGGUACGAGUAGAUGGUGUGUCGUGACUAGUGAGAGGAUAUUUAUGUACGAUUCUGAGGAUUCCGCUUAUGCUCGUUGCGACUGGAGGCUGGCAGAUGUCAGUGUUUCGGCAUGCAUUGAAGUGCCGGGUAGAAGGUUUGGGUUUAGAUUGAGGCACAAGGAUGACGAGGUGGUUCUUGGGAAUGAGAGCAGGGAAGUGAUCGAGCACUGGCUUAGUGUAAUGCUUCGUUAUUGUGCUCCGCUUGGGCAAAGUAUGUCGCCACUGACUCAGAGGGUGAAACUGGAAUGUAAGAAAUCCAAUAGCGAUAGCAAUCUUAAAAGAACUGCAAUGGAGGAGAGCAAAAUAAAGCGAACUCUUAGCGAAGGGCGCGCGAGUGGACGCCGACUCCUACGUAAGAUCUCCGAGGAUAAUAUCCUUCGUAAAUACAGUCGUUCGGAGCUGUUCCGGUCAGGCUCGUGUAAGGGUAGCUUAGAGAAGUUUAACGUGAAAUUGCGAGACAAGUCUCAGCUUACUAGCGCCGCGCGAGACAUCGAGCGUAGAUUUUCUUGCGGUAGUUUAUUCGAUAGCGAAGGGAAAUACUCCGGUUACCUUGUGGAGCAGACCAGCACAGCGCUGUGUCGCAGUCAAGUGCGCCGUUGGUGUGUGGUGCAUGACGAGCAGAUGUACUUAUUCGAUCAGCCACGCUCCGAGACACCCAGAAAAGUCAUUCCCAUCAUCUCUGCCAAGCUUGUCAACCAGAGCCGCUUGGAAGAGGGCGUGUUCGUCUUCAUGCUGGAGUACGAGGGAGACAAGUGCGUGGAACUCCGGGCGGCCUCCCGCUCGGACUUGGAGAAGUGGAUCACGGCGAUUAGCGUCAAGAUCGAGGUGCUGAAGGCCCGUGUGCAGAGACGGGCGCGGAGGAGUGGGGUCAUAGACGAGGAGGCAGAGAUAGCUACAGCUUCCGCAAGAGAUACUAUCGACAAACAACCACUGGAAAAAGGUAGCGCAGAAGCAAGCCCUCCAACAGUCGAUUCAGACAUACCUGGAAGCUCUAUUAAGCCUGAAAGAGCCGCAUCCGAUCCAACCACAUAUAUAACGACACACAAAGACCCCAUCCCACCAGAAGAGGGCGGUACUUCUGACAGUCUUAACGACGUCUCCAUGUCGUCAUCACAACAGCCCCUGGAUAUCGUGGAAGACAUAAAGAGGAUAAGCCUCCAUAACGAGUCCGAGGAGGAAGACGGCGGCGUGGAUGGCUUGUGUGUGACGAGUGUCCUGUGGGAUGAAGUGACGGUCACCUCAGACACGCCUCGUGUGAUAGCAACUGAGCCAUAUUAUGCUAAUGUCGACAGGGGAAGUAUGCCUAGCGAACCCAUCUAUGAGAAUGUUUCCAUGAAGAGCAACACCCUCUCGGGUUUGGUCAUCAGGCCUAGCGAGCUGCCCCUGCCAAGCCCGACCCACUCGCACGAUGAUUCUAUGUUCGUCGAUAUCGUACCAAAACAGAGAACUAAACACGAUCUUGUACCGCUAUACGAGAACGUGCAGCUCAAAUCGGUGCUAGGAGAGGGUGAGAGUACAGACAAUGUUUUCAGGUGGAAGACCUCCGAGGUACCUACCCCUAAUAAUACGAGUCCCUCUAGUGAAGUCGCGAAGUCCCUAGAGAAGUGCUCCUUGCGGGACCGGUUCAGCUUCGCCAGUGAUUACUCAGGGAUUGUGGGCGAGAACCUGCUUGACGAGGUCGGCAGUGUCAGUAGCGAUCGCAGUCGAAGCAACACGAGCUCAAGUCGCGGGAGCGGCAGUGAUUCUAUGCGCUCAGGCAACCCGGCAUUCGACAAGGAACUCUUAGAUGACAUCCUUGGAUUCCCGAUCACUCAAGAAGAAGCCGAGGAGAUCUCUGAAUUCUGCACGCGAUGCGACGAGGAAGAACAGUUCGAAAUGUCUGAGUCGAAUUUUAUCAGUAGUGUAGACCCUGAUUUCACAUCAACACUCGGUGAACCUGGCUCUUUGUCUACAGGUGACCUCAAUGGCAGCCUUGAUCGUACCGCGGAGUCAACACCUCGCAGAUCUCUGGCGGAAUCCAGCACUAGCAGUGUGCAUGAUACUUAUUUCGGGGUGGAGUCCAUAUCAGACGAGAGUGAGGAAUUUGUAGACUGCGCUCAAGACUUGCGUGAUGUCUCCCCUGGCAAGUCUUGCGACUCUUUCAAAGAAUGUAAAGAGUACAUGCCCUGUCCUUCGCCUUCUUGCCAUCCAAAAGAUUCUACGCCUGACGAGCAACAGUGCGACACUUAUUUUGGACGGUCCAGCGAAUCAGAGCUCGAAAAAUCAUCGGAAACCGAGUCCACUCCGAAAGAUCUUCGAUCAGAUGACGCCUCCAUCGUACAAGUGGGAAGAGUGGUGUGUAGUGGGAACCGGCAAGAAGAGAAUCGCGUUUCCACGGAGACUCUGCCUUUUCCUGCCCCACUAGAAGAAGAAGGGACCGCGGAGACGAGCGCUGACAUGCAUAACAAAGAGUUGACUUCAAGUCAAGUGGACAUGUUACGUGCAGUCACAGAAGCCUUCCACGGCGUGUGGGAGGGCACCCACGAAAACACGAAGCUUUGAGCGUAGAGAAAUCGUAACAAGGCAGAUGAUAAAGGGAGCAUGAAUCAGGAACGGUCCCCUGUGAUGACUGUUGCCUAGUGUAUUUGACUCAGUUUACCUUGGACAAAAGGAAAAAGAACACAAUGGGGUCAUUUCCUUUCGCAAAAACACCAGGGUAGGCCUAAUGUGGCUCAGCUCAUUGAUGCAUCUACAGGCGCACACCCAGACGUCCAUUUGUUAUAUAGGACUAAGUUCAAACGGCGGAUUAUCUAAGAGCCGUAUUCAGUGCAAAUGCAUGCAAAUGAAUAUAAAGUCUACUUGGUCUUUUGCAUGCAUUUGCAUUAUAAUAUGACGGUUGAACGUAGCCGUAAAUGGUGAAAUUGUUUUUAUAAGUACCUACCAAACUCAAUAUAAAAAAAAUGAAAUAUGAGUGUAGUUCCAAAGAGGGUUUUACCAAAAGUAUGCAAAACCGAUAUGGUUUCCACAAAAAAACUCUAAAAGCUUAUUUAAGAACGUCUAUCUGUUCUGGUACAGUGUGAGUUAGAGCCUGGUAUGUCUCAGUUAGUCAUAGUGUUUUAAUCUUCGUGUAAAUAUAAUGGCCCGAGGCCGGCAACAAUAUAGGAAGAGUUUAACAAUAGGGAGAUGUUAUCGGCGAAUCUUAUUUAUCUGCUUUCCAGAAAAUGGAGGAAAUCUUAAUUUUAAAAGCUAUUAUAUAUUCGGGGCUUUUUCAUUAAAAACAACCCAAUUAAAUCGCAGGGGAUAGAUAAUUUUUACAUUAGCUUCGAAUUUUAUACAUGACGUUAGCUAAGCGUGCUAAGUACGGAUUGAUAGCAUGGUGGGUGCUGCAGAAUGUUCCAGGGGGGGGGGGGGGGGGGAGUAGGAAAAAUCGAGGUGAAUUUUUAUAGCAUGUUUUUUUCCUCAAUGGGCGAGUUGCAAACCCCACCACCCCUCCUCCUAGAUCCACCACUGACUUACCUAGUUGUACUUUGGUUAGCAUUUCUCCUCGUGUGGUAUUUGAUUAUUUGUAACGUGAAAUUUUCACCUGCGUAAAUAUACCGUAGGUUUAUCAACUCGCCUUUCCACUAUGUGAUAUCAUGAUUAUAAAGAGAUAAAUGAUUUUAAAGUAAUAUAUGCAAAUAAACGUCUCAUAAGGUGA